AUGAAAACUCGACGUCAUACAACUGAUUCUCGAAUAUCUUCAUCACGUGAUGAAAGCAUUGAUAUAUUGCCAGCAACUUCAUCUGAUGAACAAUCGACUGAAACAUCACCAAAUCAAGACGUUACUCAAAGCGUUUCAAAAUCUAGUGUGUGGCAAUAUUUCGAAAGGUGUACUUCAAACGGAAUUUUAAAAGCCAAAUGUUUACUAUGUCAACAUAUAUUAUCAACACCGAACUACGGAACAUCAACUCUUAAACGCCACCUAGAACAAGUACAUAAUAUUAAACAGACUGAUUCAUCUGCUGUACCAAGUUCAUCGACUAUUUCUAAUAAAAUAUCAAAACCAGAAAAAAAAGCAUUGGACUUAUUAGCUGUAAAUGCAAUCAUUCAAGAUGCUAGAGGAUAUGGUGAUUUACAGAAACCUGGUAUUAAGAAAUUGAUUGAUACUUUGAAACCAAGUAAGAGUAGUUUCUGA